AUGUUAUUAGAAAAACAGAAAAAAAAAGAUAAUGAACCUACAUUAAAAUCUGAAACACAAAAAAAGCAUAAUGAACCUACAUUAAAAUCUGAAACACAAAAAAAGCGUAGAAGCCAAAGAUCAAACAAGAAUAAUAAUAUGCAUACAUCUUCAGAACUUUCUAUUGCUAUUCCUACAGUUCAAGAACAACAAGAUUAUGUUGAAUGGGAAGACAAAAAACUUAAAAUACAACAAAAAAAUUUGGAAUUAUUAAAAGAAGAAAUUGAGCUUCGUGAGAAAUUACAAA